AUUGGUGCUGAAAUUUUGACAGUUGAUGGCCAAGUACCUCAACAAAUCACUGAAGAUGAACCUGAAACUACUGAAUGUCCCAGUGAAGACAAAAGUAUACCAAAAGAAGGAAGUGACCAGAAAACAUUGGAGAAAGUUGAGUAUGAAAGUUGGUUUGCUGGCAUAGUCCCAGAGACACCUGAUGUGAAGACGAAAGCUGUUUCCGAUGUUGCAGUGGAUCAACAGGUGACUAGUAAUGAAAUUUUAGAAGAGAUAUCAGAGGAAUCUGUUUCAGCAAAUCAAGCAGCUAGCUGGUUUGACGAAACUAUUGACAUGGAAUCAAGUCAAGAAAAAUCAGAUGCAGAAGGUAUACAAGAGGUGAUGAUGUUUAAAGAUUUCACAGGAAAGAAGAAUCUUGAACCAGUCUUGGAGGGAGAAUUAGACGAUGCUGCAUCUAAAAUGGCUCAAACAUCACAGGAGUCUGAGAGAGUUCCAGAAUAUGAAUUAUGUAAAUCUCCACAACAGUCAUCUGAAAAGGAUACUACAUUAUAUGAUAUUGCUGGAGAUGCAACUUUGGAUUUGUUUACAUUCCACAGUGACUCUUCCAAAGGUGAAACUGAUGUUUUGACAUCUUCCAUUGAAUCACGAGAGGAAGACACUGCUUCCACAUACCUUGAGGAGUCUGUAUCAAAGAUGGAAACGAGGUCUGAAGCAACUGAUGAUGAUGUGGAUUGUUUUGCUGAUGAAAUGUCCCCAGUAGCAGCAUUAGAACAGCUUUCUGUGGAUGAUGUUGACAACCUCAUAGUUAACCCAGAGUCAUCAGAAAUAGCAUCACAUAUCCACGUUGAUGAGAAACCUGCUGAAUGGGCUAUUUCUUCACCAGGACAACUCUACAGAUCCAUGGUCCUUGAAACAUUGGGCAAUUCUGAGUCUGAGACUGGAGAGGAUGCAUCUGAUCAAGAUCACAGCGGGGUCAGAGAUGAAGCCUUGCAACCAUCUCCUCAUAUUGAUCGUGAAAGGUUCCUUCAAGCCAUUGAAAGUGUUAAUGCACAGUCUCUUCAGCCACUCUCGGUUGCUGUGGAGAAUGAUGAGACUCAUGUACACUCGCCAAUAUCUUCUAUUCCUGAAGAACACUCAACUGAAAAAGAAGAUGAUGUUGAAACGACAGUGAAAGAAGUUAAUGACAAUUUAUUUGGUCCUGACUAUGACUCCUUUGAAGAAAGCGAUGACCAACAGGGAACACUUGAGGCUGUGCCACAUCAAGAUGACGAUAAUGACAGUUUAAUUGAAACAGAAAUGGAGGAGUUUGAAACUGAGAGUCCCCCCUGUGAGGAAGAGGAGGAAAUGAUGACGAAAAUGUCAGAUGUGCCAGUUCCAAUGGUGCGAGAAACUGAACAUGAUGGACAACUGAAUGAAGACAAUGCUACAUUUAUGGACAUCGAUGGCAUGAAGGUACAGCUAGAUGGUAUCUUGGAUGAUGAAACUGUCUUACCAUCUGAUGAAAUGUAUACUCAGGAUAUUGUAGAUGAAACUGAAGACUCACCAGUUGUCCAACCAGUAAGAUUUCUUGCAUACAGAUCAAUUAGUGAGGAUGCCAGUGAUGAGUUGGCUGUUCAGGAAGAUGUGACUUUGAUUUCUCACAGGGUUGUUGAAGACACUCAUCAAACUACUGCCUAUGAUGAAUUCAAUCUCCCAGGAGGACAAAUCAUUCCAGCUGAAUUUUUGGAGGAGCUCCAUUCAGUUGAUGACUUCAGGAAGGAAAGUGAUAUUCAUGUUGUUGAUGAUAUAUCUAAUGCAGACAAUCCUGAUCAAAAGGCUCUUGUGGACACUGGUUCAGUUGAAAGCAAUAUUGAAGAAGAAUUCAAUGAUGCUCAACUUGAGAUCACGCCUGAUAGUCACAAUGAUGAUGACAGUACUGAUGCUUCAAACCAGCUUCGUCUCGACUCUGAAACCUCUGAUGCUGAUACUUCUUCAUUGAAAAGACACGAUUCUGAGUCUUCACACUAUGUGACCGUAGAUGAAGACUUCCCUGAUUCUGAUUUGACAGAGAGUGAUUCAGCUGCUAAUACUGAACAGGAUUCAGAUGCAGAAGAGUCAGAUGAUGCUGAGGAAUCAGAAGAAGAGUCUGGGGAAGAAGGAGAGGAAUCUGAUGAGGUCACUGAGGAAGCCGCCAGUGAGGAAGAAGAUGAUGAGAGUGAUGCAGAAACUUCAGAUGUGCAAGGAUCCGAUGCAGUGGAUUCAGAAGUGGCAGAUUCUGAAGCAACAGAAUCAGAAAUAGCAGAAUCUGACAUAGCUGCAUCUGAUGCCACCUCAGCUGUUUCAGGAGAUGAGUCUGAUGGUGAAGAAAGUGACGAAUCUGAGGAGGAAGAUGACGAGGAAGGCACAGACAGUUAUGAUGAACCAGAAGAAGAUGCAGAUGAUGUUACACAAAGUGAUACAGAUGAACAGACGCGAGAACAAAUUGUGGAAACCUCAGAAUUGGCAACUUCAGAAGGAGUUGCUCAUGAAAACAUUUCAGUGUCUGAGGGUGAAGAUCUGAGUAAUGUUACUGAGGCACAGUUUAUGACAGAACUUCAACGGCAGAGAUCAUUAGAUGACACUGUGAAGGUUGCUGAUGUUGUUGAAGUGUGUCCUUCUGAUGCUUCAUCACAAGUUUCCAAACCUGACCCUGUUGAAGCCCCUGAAGAAGUUCCAACUGAAGGCCUUGUGGAAGAAGAGUCCAUGGAAGAUGCGAGUGUCGAUAUGUGUCAAGGAGAGUCACUGAGGAUAGACGACACAGAGGAAGAGGAAGACACAGAAGCUUUAUUAAUCCAGGAUAGAGAGAGGGAAAGGGAGAGAGAAGAGAGAGAAAGAAAAGGAGAUCACGGGAGAGAGAAGAUGCAGGGCCUGAAGAGGAACUAGCACGUCACA